CUCUCUACUUCUAGGGACUCUAGGAAUGUAGAGGCCUCCGAGCGGCGCGGUGCCUUCGCAAACCAAUCCAUCCGGAACAGCUUGAAAAAUCGUACAAGUUUCCGUUUGCCUUUUCCAGUAAAUCCGGACAUUCCGGACGCAAGUCAACGCGAGUCAGCACAAGUGCACAAGUCAACUGAUCAGUGAAACCGAGUGAAAAACGCUGAGUCAACAGACCUGAAUAGACGUUACUAAUUGUUUAGAGAACGAAGAUCACGAAUUCCAUCGACGAAACAGAUUAAAGGAAAAAUUAAAAUCCCAACGAGAUGGCAACUAAAAAUGUUAAAAGUGACACCGCCGCCGCCUCCUCUUCAGCCAGCCAACAAUUUACGCGAGAUGAAGUAGCGAAACAUGUUGAAACUAAGGAUACAUGGAUCAUUAUUCACAACAAUAUCUAUGAUGUCACCAAAUUCUUGAAUGAGCAUCCAGGUGGUGAAGAGGUGCUCCUGGAGCAAAAUGGACGUGAUGCUACAGACGCUUUUGAAGAUAUUGGACAUUCUACUGAUGCCAGGGAAAUGAUGAAGAAGUACAAAAUUGGUGAACUGGUAGAAGAAGAUAGGAUGCACGGUAGUGGAAAGCCUACAGACUGGUCUAAUAAAAAUGAGGGGGACAAUUCCAGUUCUUGGUGGUCCUGGUUGAUUCCAAUCGCUGUUGGGCUGCUCGCGACCAUCGUCUAUCGCACCUUUAUCAGCGCACAUUGAAACAUUCCUUUUUUUCAUGUUAUUUACUUGUUAAUACAUAUAUAUAUAUACAUAUGUAUUGAUAAACAAUUGUUAUAUAUUUUUUCCGAAUGUAUGUCGCGCACUGUUGUUUGCUAUAAACCAAAUAACGUAUUUUCUGGCCUAGGGUCUGAAAAGCGAGAGUGAGAUAGAGAUGAAACGUUGGAGGAUGUAUUAUACAAUAUAAUACAAAUAACGCGCAUUUAUAUAUUUAUGUGUAUGCUGUUAUACACGAUAUAUAUAUGCAUAUGUACAUGUAGCGUUCAUAUACGACGUCAUUUUCCAAAUUAACGAAAUAAACUAAUUUAAUUCCUUAGAAA